AGAUGGCCUUGGCUGGUCGUGUUGGGCAGAGCCCUUUUCUAGGAAAAAAUUUGUAAUUGAGCGCGCCUUGGACCAGACUAGGGCGAUCACAGGCGGCGGCGGCGGCGAAGCAAAAUCCUCAGUCGUUCGAUGGCGGCGAAACCGGCGAGCAACGAGGAGCAAUCCAAGCCGAUCUCCUUCCUGGAGAAAGGCGUUGCGGCGGAGGAGGUGCAGAUCAUCAAGAACUACCUCCUGGCGGCACUCAUCAAGCAUGCCUUCAACUUCUUCUCCCUGGUGACCGGUGGUAGCUACAUCUUCCUCUUUUGGGGGACCCUCAAGUUGUACCCACUAUUUUACGCGGUGCUGUUGAUCCUUCUCAUGACGCCUUAUUUCUGGUUGAUGCUCAAGGCGCUACCCAUUCUCAAGAGAUUCUACACCGAGAAAUAUGCCAUGGUAUCCGUCGAUGCUCAUGAUAUCCCCUACGAUGCGCCGCUUGUUGACAAGAUGUAAAGCCUUGCAUGAAUAAGGUUGUUCUGUCUCAUGGAUGUAUUUCCCAUCUCUCUUGGAACCAGUCUAGUAGGUUGAGCUAUAACUUUGUAAUUCUACUCUUGGAUGCUUUGUUGGACCAGUAAGCUUGUGUAUGUAUAUAUAUCGCUGCA